AUGGAUUCAGAUUCGGACUUCUAUGGCGACGAAGAGACCAUCUCAAGGUUAAAGGCACGCGUUGACGAUUUCAACGCUGAGACUUGGUGGAAGAGUCAUAAUGAUGUUACUUCCCACGCAUUUCGUGAAGAUUUUGAGAAACAGCCCGGAAAGGGGCACUUGCACAACAAAUUCGAGGGCAGAAUCGGUGCCUGGCAGUUGAACGAAAGUAUAGACAGUUUUCUUGCUCGGCUGCCCCCGGCAACCACCAACAGGACUCCGGGCUUUGAUUGGAUAUGGGUCGCGAAUCCCUUCAUUCCCGGCGAAAGCAGCGGAGCUGUCGCCGCGUUCAAGCAGGGCGGGGAGGAAAGACUCCGCAUGCUAUCCAAGUUUAUCGCCAUGAGCAAUGCGAGUGGGAAAACACCUUUUGUUGCGAAGAGAGGGAUCUCCAAGGAACGUGAAGAGACCGUCCAAGACCUUCGUGAUCUUGCGAUUGCUUGCAAUGUGCUGAGCGGCAAGUGGAUGCUUUUCCCUGAACCCGGAAAUGUCAAUGAAGUAUGGGGCAAGGUUGCUCGAGCGACAGCAAAUAACGAACUCGGUACCGCGGCCAAAGUCGAAACACGAGUCGAAUCUGAGAAGGAGAGACUUAUCUGCAUAUACACCAGAGACUUCAGGGACAAAGGCGAUAUCGCCCGUGUACUGAAUCGGAUGAGAGAGCUGGAAUUCGUGAGACCAAGUGGGAAGCAGAUAUAUUAUAAGUGUGAUGCCUGGACAGAAAUUGGGAUUUAUGGAGGAAACGAAUGGGAUAUCCCGGCGUCGAUGUAUUCCUCGAAUGAGGUAUUCCUAUAUAUCAAGGACAACUUUGUCUUGCGACGCAUGUAG